AUGAGCCAGACAGAAAGUGACAUUUUCAGAGCAGCCAAGCGCCCGCUCUCCCAACAUGAGCAUGAGCAGCAGGGCACCAGCACCUUUAGAAAUCGAAUCAGGUACCUCUUGCUCCUGGCGGGAGGCGGCCUGCUAGCGUGCGCUGCCAUGGGACCGUACGCCUUGCUGCUCUUCCUCCCCGCCGUCUGCUCCGUGGUCAUUUUCCACUCCGUCAGCCCGCGGCAGGUCCACACCUGCGCCUUCGUGCUGCAGAUGUCCUGGCAGACCCUCUGCCACCUGGCCUUGCACUACCGAGAGCAUUAUCUGCCAGGAGCCCCCUGCCUCAGGUUGACAAUCGCCCUCUCUUCCCUCAUGCUGCAGACCCAGAAGGUCACGUCGCUGGCUCUGGAUAUCCACGAGGGGAAGGUGACAAUUGCCUCUGAGGGGGGGGAGCUGCCUCUAUGCAGCUACCUGCUCUUUUUCCCGGCCCUGCUGGGAGGCCCCCUGUGCUCCUUUAGGAGAUUUGAGGCGCAGAUCCAGUGCUCAGGUGCUUCCCGCCCCGCGCCCGUGCUGAGAGCUGUGGGCCAGAAAGUCCUUCAUGCCCUGGCUCUGCACCUGCUGAGAACGGCCCUGAGGGACAGCGCGGCCCCACUGGCCCGCAUGACGGACUGCGCUGGCUUUGGCUGCGUCUACGUCAUGUGGCGUUCCGCCCUCCUCUUCAGACUGGCGUAUUACUCCCAGUGGGCGCUGGACGAGGCUCUCCUCCACGCAGCCGGCUUUGGGCUGCAGCUUGGCCACCACCCCGGCGGAGGGGCAGACCUCUCCGACGCAGACAUCUGGACCUUGGAGACGACCCACCGCGUCGCCCUCUUCACCAGGACCUGGAACAAGAGUACGACCCGGUGGCUGAGGAGACUCAUCUUCCAGCGCAGCCCAGCCCACCCCCUGGGGGCCACCUUCGCCUUCUCAGCCUGGUGGCACGGGCUCCGCCCAGGGCAAGUCUUUGGCUUCUUGUGCUGGGCCGCGGUGGUGGAGGCCGAUUACCGGAUUCACCCUUUCCUCCGCUCCCUCGCAAAGUCCUGGCAGGCCACGGUGCUGUACAAGGCCCUGGCCUGGGUCCAGACGCAGCUGACCAUUGCGUACAUCACGGCCGCCGUGGAGACGAGGAGCCUCACUGCGCUCUGGCUGCUGGCUGCCUCCUACAACAGCUUCUUCCCUCUGCUGUACGGGGCUUCGCUGCUCUGCCUGCCCGCGAGAGCAAGAGACAAAUGA